AGCAGAGGCGGCGGAGAACCGAGGACAAAGGUGGCCGUGCGGCACCGGGAGCGGGGCCGGGAGCGGGGGUCCGCAGCGGAGCGGAGCUGAGCGGGCGGCAGCCGUGGGAAGGCGGCUUUCCCGCUCCCAAACAUCCUCAAGACUUCGGGGACCCCAAAAAGAUCCCCAAGAUACCGGGGGGAAAGGGUCCCGUCCCCCUCGAGAGCCCCCGUCUCAUCUUCCUGAUCCCUGCGAUCCCAGGCAAAUAAUAAUCCUGUUGCUCAUCUGCCUUCUGCAGGCUGGGGGGACGGUGAAACCCGCUGGAGCCAGUAGCCGGAACGGGGACACAGGGUGCCGGUCCUUACAGCCCCCUUACACCAUCCGAUCCGGGAUCCAGCACUCCCACAGCCACCUGCACAUCACCGAUGCUGGCGGAUGCCGGAGACCGGAGCUAGAGGCUGAGUCCAGGACACGGAGCCAUGAAGUUGAACGAGCGGAGCUUGGCCUUUUAUGCUACCUGUGACUCCCCGGCUGACAAGGCUGGCUUCCUCUACAAGCGCGGCGAGCGGCACACGGCGUACCACCGCCGCUGGUUCGUGCUGAAGGGCAACAUGCUCUUCUACUUUGAGGAGCGGGAGAGCCGGGAGCCGGUGGGUGUCAUCGUGCUGGAGGGCUGCACUGUGGAGCUCUGUGAUUCGGCUGAGGAAUUCACCUUCGCCAUCCGCUUUGAUGGCACCAAGUCCCGCACCUACGUGUUGGCGGCCGAGAGCCAGGCUGCUAUGGAGUCGUGGGUGAAGUCGCUCUCGCGAGCCAGCUUUGGCUAUAUGCGCGUGGUGGUGCGGGAGCUGGAGAAGCAGCUGGAGGAGAUGCGCUAUGGGAUGGCCGGUGGGUGUGCUGGGGGAUGCCGGGGGUCUCCCGGCUCCGAGAAGCCAAAGCCCUCGGAGCUGGAGAGGUCCCUGGAGCGGCUGCCGGCUCUGCCCACUGUCUUGCCAAAGGAGAAUGGCUGUGCGGCGUGGAACAACGCAUCGGGAGUGGACCAGCCACGUGAAGCUUCGGGUUGUGGUGGGGAUGCUGGUGGUGGGAACCUGCGGCCACCACUGCGGCCGCCACUGCGGCCACCACUGCUGCCACCACGCAGGAGGGCGGCAAGUACCGAGGUGGGCAGUGCUGCGGUGGAAAGCCCGUCCUCCUUCUGCCAGCUCCACGAGCGGUAUGGCCGGGAGGUGGCCCAGCUGCGGCGGGAGUGGCUGGAGGGGCAGCGUGGUUCCCGGCCCUGAGUGAUGGCUGAGCCCUCGGGACCUGCCAGGACCUGUGACAGGGAAAUGAUCAUUGUUGGUGCUGCAUCGGUCCCGUCCUCACCCUGGGAUGUGCAGCCCUGUCUAUGGUGGUGAUAGACACUUACUGAUGGUGCCAGCAAGGGCUCAGCACUGAGAGACACUGGUGCUGCUCUGUGAUGGUGAAACACCAGCCCAGCAUUGAUGGCAACUGGGCUCAGCAUGCCAACAGCCAGGCAUGAAGCCCCUGGGCUUUGGGAGCUGCCAGGAUCUUGGGCAUCUCGUGCCAAGGCAGCAGAUGCUCCCUGCAUGGGUGCACCCCUCCAGUCAUGCCUGGCAAGCAAUCAAGCUAGAAACCACUUGCUGGUUGAUGCCUGUUGGGACUCAACCAUUGCACUGGAUCUGGUGGGGCCUCUUGGUGCUCCUGCAGUGGCAUCAUCAACUGGCAAUGCUUUUAGAGGACGAUUUGGAUGGGAUCUCGCCAGCCUGAGCCCAUGUGUGGGUAUUUCACAGCUGGGGACCCUGCUACCGCCUUCCCCUCCCUGCGCUGAGCUCUGCCGGAUCCCUCUGCUCCAGCAGGAUGUGGUCUGAAAAUGAAAAUAUCAGCGAGCACAGCCCUUCCUUAAUGGCAGCAGCUUCCCCGGGGAGCUGGUGACACCCAGCCCGGGGUGUCCUACACGGGGCAAUCGCUGCUUGCAGCCUGAUGGGUGAACCCAUGGUGAGGGCAGACCCAAGGGAACACAAUGGUUGCAGGCACUGCUGUGUUGGAUGGAUAUUUCGGGGCAGGGCAUCAUCCCUGAGCUGGCUUCCUAAGGGGAAGCAUCACUCACGGUGGUAAUGGGAACGUAUGUGUCAGCACAGAGCGUGUCGAGUGAUUCAUGUGCCAAACUGGAGUGAAGCCAGUGUCUCGUGCCAGUGAUGCUCUUUUCUUUUCCCAGUGGUUUAGAUUGACACUGAAGCUGCUGGCCUGGAGCUGGGGUCACCUAGGUUUGAGCUGGGUGGCUCUGGCUCCCUUUGCCCCGUUGGGACAAGCACAGGAUUUUGCUACAAUAAAAGUUGUUUCAGAAAUUC